GUCUCGUCUCUUUCAAACACCUCCAAGUAGGGAUAUGCUUGACAACUUCACACCAAGAAGAGAAGACAAAAGGCUCUCGAGAGAAUCAAGGCUAUGCGAAGAAAAUGAUGAAAAUACAGAGUAUAAAUCUGCAAGUCUUCUCUGUUAAAAUUUCUCUAAGUUCAUUCUGUAGCAGAGGGAAAACGAUAAGAAAGAAACAAUGGCAAAUGGAGGUGAUGAAGUGGUGAGCAAUAAGCAGGUGAUAUUGAAGGAGUACGUGAGUGGUUCACCUAAAGAAUCGAACCUGCAAGUGAGAAUUAGUAGCAUAAACCUUAAGAUCCCACAAGGUUGUAACGGAAUUCUUGUCAAGAAUCUUUACUUGUCUUGCGAUCCUUACAUGAUUACCCGCAUGAAAAACCUUCAACUCAAACAAGACUACGUUCAUUCCUUCCUGCUUGGUUCGCCUAUAAGUGGAUAUGGAGUUGCUAAAGUUAUAGAAUCUGAGCAUCCAAAUUUCAAGAAAGGAGACUUGAUAUGGGGAAUGACUGGUUGGGAAGAAUACAGUUUCAUUACAGCAACUGAGACUUUCUUCAAAAUUCAAGACAAAGAUGUGCCACUUUCCUAUUACACUGGGAUUCUAGGUAUGCCUGGUGUUUCUGCUUAUGCAGGGUUUUAUGAGAUUUGCUCUCCAAAGAAAGGGGAGUAUGUCUUUGUUUCAGCAGCUUCUGGUGCAGUAGGUCAGCUUGUUGGUCAAUUUGCAAAGCUUUCAGGUUGCUAUGUUGUUGGAAGUGCUGGAAGUAAAGAGAAAGUUGAUUUGUUGAAAAAUAAGCUUGGAUUCGAUGAAGCUUUCAAUUACAAAGAAGAGCAGGACCUAAAUGCAGCUUUACAAAGGUACUUUCCGGAAGGCAUUGAUAUUUACUUUGAAAACGUUGGUGGAAAGAUGCUUGACGCAGUGCUACUCAACAUGAGACUCCGAGGACGCAUUGCUGUGUGUGGUAUGAUCUCACAGUACAACCUAGACCAACCUGAAGGAGUGCAUUACUUAUCAAAUAUUAUUCUGAAACGCAUCAGAAUGGAAGGAUUUAUGGUUUUUGAUCACUAUCACCUCUACCCAAAAUACUUGGAAAUGAUCCUGCCUAGAAUUCGCCAAGGGAAGAUUGUAUAUGUGGAAGACAAAGAUGAAGGGCUAGAAAGUGGGCCAGCAGCCUUGAUUGGGCUCUUUGCUGGUUGUAAUCAAGGAAAGAAGGUGGUUGUGGUUGCCCAUGAAUGAAUCUGUCGUCCAACACAAGUUUUAAGUCACUUGAAAUAUCGUGUGAUCUUAUUGCCACUUCACACUUGAAUUGUGCUUUGUUAUAGUCAAUUAAUUGUGUUGUCUCAUUGUCGAUGUAAAAUGGAUAUUCUCCUUUGUUGAUUGAAAUCAUGAAUCUUCUAUUA